GAAAAAGGUGAUUGGUUGCGUGUCAUAUGCAUGGAAAACAGUGUGAUCUAGUAGCAGUAGAGUUAAGUAUUGAAAUUUGAAAGGGUGAAGGGUGGAAUAAGGUUGGUGCAGAGUGAGUGAGAGACGAGAAAAGAAUGAGUGAAGAAGGUCCUCCAAAGCUAUAUACCAACAAGCCCGGAAAAGCGCAACUGAAGCAGUUUCGGGGGCAACAGAAAUCGAACGGGUUCUCCUCGCCGGCGGCGAUGGAUACACACGCGGCUGCUCCGCCACCGCCGCCAAAGGAACCCUUUAUUCGGCGCUACAAGUUCGUUUGGCCUGUGCUUUUGGCUGUGAAUCUCGGUGUCGGAGCUUAUUUGUUUAUGGGGACAAAGAAGAAAGAUACUGGUGAGGAGGAACAAGAUGCUACUCCUGUCUCAACUAAGGAUGCUACCCCUCAUGUUGUUGAGACUCCUGUGUCAUCACCAUCUAUUACAAAUCCCGUGAUCAAUCGAGAGCCAAUUCCAGAAAACCAACAACGUGAACUCUUGAAGUGGAUAUUGGAAGAGAAGAGGAAGGUCAAAGCAAAAGACGCAGAGGAGAAGCGAAAAAUUGAUGAAGAGAAAGCUCUGCUUAAAAAGCUUAUUCGGUCAAAAUCCAUCCCAAGUGUCUAAUGAUGUUAUCUUUAUCUGCAGGGGAAAAAGAAGUUCUUGAAUUCAAAUGUACAUGAAUUGAUUCAUCCAAUGCUUUUGUUUUCUGUUUACUUGGUUUGCUGAUGGAUUUUAGAUUGUUGAUGGCACUUGAUGUACAAUGCCCAUGUUCUUUUUUACCUAUAGAUGUCAUUUGGAUUUUCAAUAUAUUUAAUGGUUUUGUGAAUAAAGCCAGAUUUGAGUUAGAGCCUCAGCACAUGGCUAGUGCAGAGGCUGGUGAGCAGUGUUUCUUAGGUAAUUUAAAGCACUAAGGUGAGUGAGGGUACUAUUUAAAUUGUGCAAAUGCAAUAAAAUUUUAUUGAAUUUAAGUA